ACUGCAGCAAUGAUGAAUAUUAUAGCAAAGCUUCAGAAGGAUAGGUUUACGCCAAGGUGCUAUGUAGCUGCACUUACUAACAACAUGAUCCUUCAGAAGACACAGGUCUAUGAGACGUCAUUGAUUCAGGGUGAUAGAAAGAAGAUCACUGAGAGUGCUCGAUUCAUGCAGAUAUAUCGUAGCCGUGAAGUAGGCCAAUCUUACAUUACCUCCAUCGCAACGACACUGCUUGCUGCUUUACAUGCUAUGUGGCUAAUAAUAAGAAUCAGACCACAAGUGAUAUUCUGCAAUGGUUCGGGAACAUGCAUUCCUCUAUGUGCUUCAGCUUUCCUUCUGAAGGUGCUUGGUCUGGGAUGGUCCUCUAUUUUCUAUAUCAAAAGUAUUGCAAAAGUAAAGAAGCUUUCAGAGAAAAGUCAUGUUUAUGGUGUGAUAACCUUGGUGCCACUUACAUAUUAG